UCCCAUCUUUUCUUUCUCUCUUCUUCAAACAUCAUCAAACCUUCAAGGAAAGUUUAAGAAACAAAAACGAAGCAUUAGCAAAUUUUAGAAGACGAUAUUACCUCUACAACUAAUGGAGAAAAAUCCUCCUGAGAAUUCCGACGAUGUUGCCAGCCAAAAUGAGAACAACAACAACCCCAAUCCUAACCUCCCUUCUUCCCCUUCUCCGGUAGCCGGUGAAUCCAAAUCCGACGCUUUUGACAUCUCUACAGAGGCCACCAUCACCACCACCACCACCACGGACGACGAUGAGAAUAACAAGGACACAGCCACCCUGGAGAAUCCCGAAACCACCGAAGACUCUUCAUCCACUUCCGAUCUCGAUUCCAGCCUUCCCAAGAUCUCCGAAGACAUUGAUCGCUUCCUCACUCUCCUUAUAUCAAACCAAACCCCAGAUGAAAUCCCAGAUUUUAUCGAGAAGUUCGCGAAGCUUGUGGAGGAUCAGAUCGCAAAAUAUGAAUCCCAAGAAGAUCCCAUCAAAUGGAGCCAAGAUUCCGAUGAAGAUUCUUCCCUCCUCAAAGCAAUUGGUAGAAUCUCGAAACUCUCAACUUCGCUCUCUCAGCUCCCUUCGGAUGAUGAGAAAUAUAAAAUCUCCAUCAACCGUAUCGGCGGCGUUCUACAACGUGCAAUGUCUUACCUUGAAGAUGAAUUCCGAUCGAUCCUUGAGAACGGAGGAGACUAUGAACCAAUGGAUCUGAAGGGAAGACAACAAUCGUUCAAGUCUAAUAGUGAUAGCUCUGUAUUACCUGAACCAGACUCUGCCAAGGCGGCGGAAAUCCCCGGUUACUCGCCGGAAACCUUGUCGAACCUGAACAGUAUUGCGGCAGCCAUGAUCGCCGCCGGGUAUGAAACCGAGUGUUUCCAGGUUUACAGCAUAUUGAGGCGGAAUUCCUUCGAGGAAGCAUUGAAAAAUAAUGGAUUUGAGAAGAUCAGCAUCGAUGAUGUGUUGAGGAUGCAAUGGGAAUUUCUGGAAGGAGAGAUCACCACAUGGAUUAAGGUCUUCAAACGCUGUAUCACAAUCAGCUUCCCAGAGGAACGGAAGCUCUGCGAUGCAGUGUUCCAGGAAAACCAAUCUCUCUCUAACUACCUCUUCGGCAAUCUCGUUAGCGGGGUUGUCGUUCAGCUUCUCAAUUUCGCCGAAGCUGUAGCAAUGACAAAGCGAUCUGCAGAAAAGCUAUUCAAGUUUCUUGACAUGUACGAAGCACUGCGUACUCUGAUUCAUUUGGAUACUCUAUUCUCCAGCGACUCUGAUUAUCUCCAGAACGAGAUCUCAUCUGCUCGUUGUGGCCUUGGCGAGGCUGCCGUCGGCAUAUUCAACGAUCUCGAGAACUCAAUCAAGAACGACACAAGUAAAACUCCGGUACCCGGUGGCGCUGUUCAUCCAUUAACACGUUACACAAUGAAUUAUCUAAAAUACGCCUGUGAAUACAAGGACACAUUAGAGCAGAUCUUCCAAGAACACCAAAAGAUCGAUCAAUCUGAUGGAGCUGGAUCGGAUAAAGAGAGCAGCAGUCCGAGCUACGGCAACCAAGUGGCAAAGCCAUCGCCGUUUUCUGUACAAUUGGUGACAGUGAUGGAUAUAUUAGGUUCUAAUUUGGAAGCGAAAUCGAAGCUCUACAAGGAUCUCUCGUUAAACUACAUUUUCUUGAUGAACAAUGGAAGGUAUAUAAUUCAGAAGAUCAAGGGGUCGAAGGAGAUUCACGAAUUGAUUGGGGAUUCUUGGUGUAGGAAGAGAUCAUAUAGUCUCAGGAAUUACCAUAAGAACUACCAAAGAGAAACAUGGAAUAAGGUAUUGGGGUGUCUCAAGGAUGAAGGGUUGCAGGUGAAUGGGAAAGUAGUGAAGCCUGUACUGAAGGAAAGGUUCAAGUCGUUUAAUGCCAUGUUUGAUGAGAUACACAAGACGCAGAGCUCAUGGAUUGUGAGUGAUGAACAGCUUCAGUCUGAACUUAGGGUUUCGAUAUCGGCGGUGGUGAUACCGGCAUAUCGAUCAUUCUUAGGGAGGUUCAGUCAAUACUUGGCUGCCGGAAGGCAAUCUGAGAAGUACAUAAAGUACGGGCCGGAUGAUAUAGAGACGUCUAUUGAUGAACUGUUCGAAGGGAACCCGACGUCAAUGGCGAGAAGGAGAUGAUGAGAUUAUGAGACAUGAUCGAUUCGAUCAUCAUAAGAAGAGGAAGAUGCAUGGCAUGUUGGGACGAGGAAAGAGAGAAUGAAAUGAGGACGUAAGCUUUUGCUUUGGUUAGUUGCUCUCAUAAUUCAUUUGCCUUUCAAAUUUUUUUUGGAGCGCUGUUGUUGUUGAUCUUUAUAUUUUGCUUCUAAGGCAGAAAUGUAAUCUAAUGUAACCUUCAUUUUUUUUUCUUUUUUUUUACAAAGUAUAUUCCUCUCA